GUUGGUGGAAAAACCCUUUGCGCCGCCGUCGCCACUGCAUCCCUUCUUUUUCCGAGCUGCCGAAACCUUGGCUGGAAUCCUUAUCCCAAAGCGAACCACCAUGCGCCGCCCCAAUACUAAGAGCCAUACUUUCCGCAAGCAGCGGCGGUUCUCGGAGGAGCAGGAAAUGAAACUUCUUGACUCGUGGAUCGAGGCCUGUCAGCCGGAUUCCGGUACCAAUCCUCUUGCGGCAACCCCUCCUCCGCCCGACGCCCCUGCUGGUCGCACCAAAGACGGUGGCUUUUCACCUUAUGCCGGCGUCCGGUUCUUCCGGCAGCUUCCCAUAUCUAAGAAGUCCAAGGACGGACUUGCGCCCAAGUACGUGGAGAUGAGCGAGAUUCAGCGUGCCACGCUGCCCCACUCCCUUUGUGGUCGCGACAUCCUCGGCGCUGCCAAGACAGGGUCGGGAAAAACCCUUGCUUUCAUCAUUCCGGUCAUAGAGAAAUUGUAUAGAGCAAGAUGGGUUUCAGAAGAUGGUAUUGGCGGCAUUAUAAUCUCCCCUACCAAGGAAUUAGCUGGACAAUUGUUUGAUGAGUUGAAAAUAGUAGGUAAACACCACAGUCUGAUUAUCGGCCUUCUGAUUGGAGGAUGUAAAGAUGUUAAUGCAGAGAAGGAACGUGUCAAUAAUCUCAAUAUUUUGAUAUGCACGCCGGGUCGACUCCUCCAACACAUGUUAGAGAAUCCAAACUUUGAUUGUUCACAGCUCCAAAUCUUAGUUCUUGACGAGGCUGAUCGGAUUCUCGAUGCUGGUUUUAGGGAAGAGCUGGAUGCCAUCAUCUCUUAUCUUCCCAGGCAAAGGCAGACCCUGCUAUUCUCUGCAACACAAACAAAGUCAGUUAAGGAUCUGGCUAGGCUAAGCUUGAAGAACCCUGAGUACAUUAGUGUGCAUGAUAAAUCAGUAACAGCCACCCCUGAGCAGCUAACUCAAUUCACCGUUAUUGUUCCACUUGACCAGAAAUUGAGUAUGUUGUGGAGCUUCAUCAAAGCAAAUCUUAAGUCGAAGAUUCUUGUUUUUCUUACGAGUUGCAAGCAGGUUAAGUUUGUUUUUGAGGCAUUCAGGAAACUUAGACCGGGAAUUCCUUUGAAAUGUUUGCAUGGUCGGAUGAAGCAAAAUGCUAGGAUGCUUACAUAUUUACAAUUUUGUGAGGAAACAUCUGUUCUCUUUUCAACUGAUGUGGCCUCUCGCGGACUCGAUUUUUCUGCUGUGGACUGGGUGGUCCAGGCUGACUGUCCAGAAGAUAUUGCAACUUACAUUCAUAGAGUUGGCCGCACUGCUCGCUUCAAAAAUACAGGGAAGUCGUUGUUGUUUCUAAUGCCAUCUGAGAUGGAGAUGCUCACAAGACUACGUGCAGUUGAACCUAAAAUUCCAAUUAAGUUGAGGAAGGCAAAAGAACCAGUAUCCAUUUCUGCAUUAUUGGCAUCUCUACAGGUUAAAUAUCCUUCUAUGCAGCAGUUAGCACAGAGAGCAUUGGUCACAUAUUUGAAGUCCAUAUAUCAUAAGAAAGAUAAAGAGGUAUUUGAUGUAACCAAUCUUCCUAUAGAAGAUUUUGCAGCAUCCCUUGGUCUCUCAGUAACCCCUAAGAUGAGAUUCUUGAAACGCAAAUUGGGUGUAAAUUUGGCACCCACUGAAGCUACUCAUGGCGAAAAGGGUCCACACGAUGCUAAAUCUAUAGUUGAUAACAGAAAGUUACAAGUAAAUGCUUGGUCAGAUGAUGUAGAAGACAAAGUACUCAUACCCAAGGAAUCAUCCUCUUUUGAUAUGGGAAGCGGUAAAACAGAAUUAGGAACCUGGGUGAUGAAUAAAAAGAAGUUGAAGAUUAAUCUGCACCGGCCUACUGGAACCAGAGUUAAAUUUGAUGAUGAUGGGAAUGUUAUGCCUCCAUUAGCUGCCUUAGCUGACACGCAGACAGUUGACAGCUCUGUUCACCUCGAUGCUGUUAAAGAACGGUACAAUAAGCUACGAGAAGAGAUGGCUAUGCGAGACAAAGAGGACAAGCUUCUGCACUACAAGCGCCUACGUGAAAAACGAAUAAAAGAGAAGCAAAAGCUGAAGAGACUGAAAGAGGAAGAAGGCACAGGAGAUGACCAAUCUGGAUCAGAUGAAAAUGAAGAAAGAAUUCCUAAAAGAAACAAAAUAUACUUUAAUGAUGAUGUCGAAGACAAUGUUGUUGAUAAUGAGACAACGGCAGAAAAGUCAGCAUGCUUGAACAAGGACUCAGCCACUUUAGCUGCACAGGAAGCCCUAGCUCUUCAACUUUUGAGAUCCAUGCACUCCUGACUUGCCCAUUUUAGCAACUCAAACCAGCUUAUUUUGGUUCGAGUGCAUAAAAUUUUUUCUCCUGCGGACAAUGUAAAUGUUUGUAGAGUUUUAUUUCAGGAUCAACCUUAGGGAUGAUGUUCCACCAGGGUGAAGUCAUUGUAUACACUGUUGCCCAAGCUCGUGUGUGCAGGAAUGCUAUAAACAGCAUGUUUUACAGUUUUAUUGUUGAUUUAUGUCUA